AUGCCUACGCUUCCCGAGCUUCCCCCAGUGUACACACGCUACCUCAACGGUCUCCGCUACAACCGUGUCCCUGUGGUCAACUUCGUCAUCGGCGGCGUGCUUGCCGUGUUCCUCACCAAGCUCACGUUCAAGUACAAUGACCUCUACAUGAAGCUGUCCCUCAUCACCCUUAUCGUCACCAAUCUCGUGCUAUUUGGAAUUUCCGAGACUCUAGCCCAACUGCUAGUGCAUUAUAAGCCUACCAAUCCCCAUCUCCAGUGGCAGGUGGUCCAGGAAACCCAGGUAGACGACGAUGUGCUUGUGGCGGAGGCGCGACCUCAGGGCGACGAAGUUGACGAAUUUAUCGAAUAUCUCGAUGCCGAAGGCGAUGGAGAGGUCACCCCGGGCCUCACCCCGAUCCCUGAUCUCACGUAUUUCCUGUUCUCUCGGCUUGCGGGUUUUAUGUGCUGGGGAUUCAUCCUCGCCUUUGCCCAGUGUAUAUGGUACCGGUUCCUCCAGAUCUACCUGAAAGAGCCUAAGCUUAUUGAAGUGAUCCGCAAAGUGCUUACUGAUCAAUUGUGUUAUUCGCCAGUGCUGCUUUUCUGUUUCUUUACCUACGGGACGAUGAUUCUUGAGCUGGGGACGUGGGACGACGCUAAGGAUAAGCUUAAACGGGUGUAUUUGUCUACGCUUGCCACUAAUUAUAUGGUGUGGUUCCCGGUGCAAUUUAUUAAUUUCCUAAUUGUGCCACGAACUUAUCAGGUGCCAUUCUCGUCGCUGGUACUGGUACUUUGGAACUGCUUUUUAAGUCUUAAGAACCUGCGGUCGUGA